UAUGUGCCAGUGGCUACUUCAAUGUUACGAAAAAGUUUCCAGUCAAGAUGCAGACUUCAAGUUAUUCGUAGAUUUUCUGAGUUCGAUUUAUCGCUCGAACCGAAACUAAAAAUGGAAAAUACAUUUCAAGAUAUCAGACAAUUUGCAGGAUGUGACAUUGGAGAAAAUCAAAAACUAAAGAUUUUGAACUUCAUGAAAAGAUUCGGAAAAGUCUCUCUCUGUCUCACAAUAGGUAGAUUUUUGAUUAUUGACAAGAGAAUUCCCCUGAAGAUGGCAAAAACGUUGCAUUCGGUUUUCUCUGGUUUCAAAAAGCUAAAAAGCAUUUCGAGUGAAGAACAAAACUGUUCACAGAUUUAUAAAAUUAAUUUCACCGAAACGAAUUAAAAAAAUAAAUAAAUAAAACUUCUG